AUGAUAGAGAAGAUGAAACUGAAGAAGGAUACUUAUGAAGACGAAAUAGAAUUAGAACGAACAAAAAUAAUGGAGAAGGGCGAUAUUAUACGAUCUAUACAACGUUUACAUAUAGAGCGUUUAGAAGCCGAAGAAAAAGAAAAACUCGUUUGUUCUCAGAAAGCUCACGAUUUACGAAAUCGACAAAUCGAAAGAGCUUAUAAAUUAGCUCAGGAAUUGGCACGUCUUAAAAGUAAAGAAGCGCGGGAAUUGCGUGAUUUAAAAUGUAACAAGAAAUUAUCGCGAUCUCCUCCAGCUUGUUUUUUGGUUGAUCUACAAUCACGAUUGUUAGAAGAAAAGAUUCGCAAAGAUGCGCAAUCUUUUGACAUAGCUCAACGAUGUUACGUCGACGAUACCUUAAAUAAAAUGCUAUUGGAAAAAUCGGAAGAAAACAAACGACUUUAUCUUGCCGAUUUGCAGAAUCAAAUUAUUGAAAAACGUCGUAUAUUGAGAGAAUUGGAUGAGGAGAGGCAACGCGAACGUAAGAUCAUGGAACAAAUGCUCGAUGCUAUUCACGAAGAGGAUAUUCGUACGGAGAAACAUAAACAAAAAAUUCAAACCUGUUUACAAGCUGAGAAGAAAGCUACUUUUGAAGCGAGAAAAGUAUGGAAGGACAUACAAAAAGCUACGAUUAGCGAGGAAAAUAAAAAAAUCGCCGAUAUCAUGGUUGAGAAAGAACUUGAAUAUAAAAAACAAAUGGAGAAAAAAAAAGAUAUCAGCGCGAUGAGAGAAGCGACGACGGAAAGAAUUGCGAGGAAGAUGUUGGACGAUGAGAUCAAAAUGAUGGAAAAGGAAGCAAUUUGCAAUGAAUUGUAUUUAGAAAAAAAGAAAAUCAAGGAAAUUGAAGAAUCUUUAAAAUUAGCCUUGGAAAAGCGACUACAAGCUAAAGAAAUCUUCGACGAAAUGAUAAGCAAUAUGGUGACGAUUUGA